UCCGGUCAGGUGACUGGUCUUAACCAAUCAUUACUUAGAAUUACUUCCGGGCGGAGCGGAUCGUCUUUUUACCACCCUUCGUCUACCGAUACUCUGCAUACUGGAAAGUUCUCUGAAGGAAGGACUCGGUCCUUUGUAGAUUUCGAACAAUCGCGACGGGAUUCGAUGACGUAGCCGUCGCAGAUGUCAAGGGUCCUUCUCCUUACAGAAACACCUUUAACUACCGCUCCAAACUGAUUUCGGUCGGUCAGGAUGCUAGUUAAGACAACCUAGCCAACCAUUUCUAGAAAUUCCAUGCACAAAGCCUCCACUACUACGCAGGUAGAUCGGGUCUUAUCCAAAUAUGGAAGAAAACUCAGCAAGGGUUUCUGGUCCUCAGGACUCGGUGGCUGCUCAAGUCCCCUUCAUUCACCUGUGUUCUACCCUUGAAAAGAUCCAGAGAGCAAAAACACGCCCAGACAAAGUCAAAUCUUUGCAAGAGUUUAUGGAUUCAUGGAGAAAAUUCCAUGCUGCCCUGUAUGAAGCCAAAUCUGAUCCCAGUGACUCAUUCUACCCCGCUAUGCGGCUUCUUAUUCCUCAUUUUGAAAGGGAGAGGAUGGCUUAUGGAAUCAAAGAGAAUAUGUUGGCCAAGCUCUACAUUGAAGUCUUGGGUCUUCCAAGGAAUGGGCCUGAGGCCAAUAAACUCCUGAACUACCGUGCUCCGACAACUUCCCAGGAAGAGACCGGGGACUUUGCAGGCAUGGCUUACUUCGUCUUAAAGAAACGUUGUGAUAGCCAGGGGAAACUAACAAUAAAACAAGUGAAUGACUUUCUUGAUUCUGUCGCAAUACACAACGGCCAAAAGCAGAAAGACCAAGUGAAGAAGAGCCUCCUCCAUCUGAUCACCCAGAGUUCUGCCUUGGAACAGAAGUGGCUGAUCCGUAUGAUUUUGAAGGACAUGAAGCUUGGGAUCAGCAAGGAGACUGUGCUUCAGGUAUUCCAUAAGGAUGCCCCUGAGCUCUACAAUGUUACUACUGACUUGAACAAGGUGUGUCUGAAGCUCCAUGACCCAACUGUGUCCCUCAGUGAGGUCUCCAUUGGGGUUUUCUCUGCCUUUAAGCCCAUGUUGGCUGCUGCUGCCAGCAUCCAGCAGGUGGAAAGACAGCCUGUAGGUAAAAUGUUCUUCAUUGAGACUAAGCUUGAUGGAGAACGCAUCCAGCUGCACAAAGAUGGAGAUGUAUAUAAAUAUUAUACACGAAACUCCUUUGAGUACUCUCAACAGUUUGGCACUUCCCCACUUGAGGGCUCUCUCACGCCUUUCAUUCACAAUGUUUUUAAACCUCAUGUGGUGCAGUGUAUCCUGGAUGGUGAGAUGAUGGCCUAUAACCCAUCGGCUGAGACAUUUAUGCAAAAAGGUAGCAAAUUUGACAUAAAGAGGUUAAUAGAGGACUCUGAGUUACAGACGUGUUUCUGUGUUUUUGACAUCCUACUUCUUAAUGACCAGAAAUUCGCAAAUGAGCCCUUGAAAAACCGUCAUGGGGCCCUUCUGACAGCCUUUACACCAGUGAAAGGUCGGAUCCAGCUAGUCCCCAGAGUCGAGGCCAGAACCACACAGCAGGUUGUUGAUGCACUCAAUGAAGCCAUUGACAACCGUGAAGAAGGAAUCAUGGUCAAAGACCCUUUGUCAAUCUACAAACCAGACAAACGUGGGGAGGAAUGGCUGAAAAUCAAACCAGAGUAUGUAGAUGGCCUGAUGGAUGAGCUGGACUUGCUUAUAGUUGGUGGUUACUGGGGGAAAGGCAGGCGAGGGGGCAUGAUGUCCCAUUUCCUGUGUGCAGUAUCAGAAACACCCCUGGCAGGUGAGAAUCCAUCAGUCUUCCAUACUAUUUGCCGGAUUGGGUCUGGCUACACUAUGAAAGAGUUGUAUGACCUUGGGCUGAAGUUGGCGAAACAUUGGAAGGUGUACCGAAAAAAUGAUCCACCAGCAGCCAUCUUGUGUGCCACUGAGAAACCUGAGGUGUACAUUGAACCAUGCAAGUCUGUUAUCAUUCAAGUCAAAGCGGCAGAGAUUGUGGGCAGUGAUAUGUACAAGACUAACUGCACACUUCGCUUCCCUCGCAUUGAGAGGAUCCGGGAAGAUAAGGAGUGGCACCAAUGCAUGACCUUGGAUGACCUCAGUCAAUAUCGGAGUAAAGCUUCAGGAAAACUGGCCUCCAGGCACUUUCAGAUGCAGGAAGGACAGCCUGACCGGAAAAAACGAAAGAAGACUGUUCCUAAGCCUAAGAAGACUGCAGGCAUUAUUGACCACUUUAAGUCUCAAGACUUGUCAGCCAUUUUGAAAGAAACUGACAUGUUUGAAGAUGUAGAGUUCUGUGUGAUUAAUGGGAGUAAGGAACAGUCAAAGGCGGAGCUUGAGAAGGGUGUGGCACGCUGUGGUGGAGUUAUUGUGCAGAACCCAGGGAAAGACACAUACUGCAUUAUUGCAGGGGUUGAGAACAUGCGGGUAAAAAACCUAAUCUCUUCUGACCAGCAUGAUAUUGUUUGGGCCAGUUGGCUUCUUGAAUGCCUGGACCAGACCAAGGUGGUGCCGUGGCAACCAAGGCACAUGAUCCACAUGUCACCAUCCACACGGGACCACUUUGCCCAGGAAUAUGACCCUUAUGGUGACAGCUACUUUGUAAACACAGAUGCACAGCAACUAAGUGAGGUUUUUGGCAGGAUCUCCACCUCAAGCCUACAAGUGCUUAGUGUAGGUCAUGUGGAAGAGAAGUAUGGUUGGGAAGAUCUGCCAACGAGCAUGUUCAGGGCUUUCACAGCCUACAUGGAUUCCUGCACCGACAUUAAGGACCCCACGAGUGUUAUUCUUGGGUCUUGCUUGGAUACAUGUGCACUUGAGUUCCGAUUCCAUGGUGGCACUGUGGUUCAAAAACUUCAAGAAGGGGUGUCUCAUGUCAUUGUUGCUGAAGAGACGAGAAUACUGGAUUUUAGGAAACUCAGAAGACUAUUUAAAAGGAAGUUUAAAAUAGUUAAGGAAACAUGGGUGACCGACUCCAUCAGAGCAGAACACCUGCAGAAUGACAAUGCCUACCUGAUAUGAGGUUUGAGUCUUUUCUCUUGAUAACGAGCUGCAGUGUGUCAUCACAAACAGGAAUAUUAGAAGGACCUUUACUGGUGAUCUAAAAGACCUUGAAUGCAUGCAGUGUACAGUGUACAGUAGUAAAAUGAAAAGUUUAAUAUACAUUAUAUUUAGGUUUAUUUUAUAAUCAAUAUGUUUAUCUGUGCAACUUGUCACAUUCUGUUAAAGGGGAUUUAAAUUUGUCGGAAUUGUACUGCAGCUGAACAAUGAACACUUUGAAGUUGACUGAUGUGGUCAGUAUGAUGACACAAGUCAAACUGUUAAUAUGAAGAAGUACAGAGUAUGAUUUUCACUGUAAAUACUGUAAAACCAAAACAGAAAUCACAAUUGUAAAUCACUGCUUGCCAAAUUCGAUGUUGUACUUUGCACUUGUAAAUUCUGAUCUGUUAAACUACUAAAAAUAAAUUGUAAUUUUUCAAAA